AUGUUGACGGUCCUCUCCGGGGAUUCCGAGGAGAUCCACUGUGCCGCUCUUCCGCUCUGUCUAUUUGUAGGACCGAUCUUCUUUGGUGGUCCAAGCUCGCCACUGGCUGAAGCACACCGUCCCUCGUUAGACGGCCGCGAUUUCUGGUGGAUUCAACGGAACCUUAAAUUUGCGUAUAAUGGCAUAUUAUCUUAUUAA